GAACCAUAUUUAUAAAACAAAACAAAAAAGUAAAAAGAACGAAGAAUCGAUGGAGACGAUGAAGGUUGAAACAAUCGCUAAAGAAAUCAUAAAACCAUCUUCCACAACUCCUCUUGAUCUCAAAACUCUCCAACUAUCUAUUUAUGAUCACAUCCUCCCACCCGUAUACACAGUCGCCUUUCUCUUUUACACCAAAGAUGAUUUGAUCUCUCAAGAACAAACAUCCCAAAAGCUCAAGACUUCUCUGUCCCAAACCUUGACCAAAUUCUACCCUCUCGCUGGAAGAAUUAACGGAGUCACCGUGGAUUGUAACGACGAAGGAGCUAUCUUUGUCGACGCUCGUGUCCACAACUUCACUCUCUCUAGUUUCCUCACGUCCCCAGAUUUCAAAGCCCUCCAACAAUUGCUUCCUCUAGACUCCGUAGACAACCCUUACGAGGCUGCUGCUACAUGGCCUCUUCUGCUCGUAAAGGCGACUCACUUUCAAUGCGGCGGCAUGGCCAUAGGAGUCUGCAUCACUCACAAAAUCGCCGACGCAGCCUCCAUCUCCACUUUCAUAAGAACUUGGUCUGCUAUGGCUAAGGGAGAUGCUGGAGACGCUGUGGCCGGUCCCGAGUUUGCUGCAGCUAAUUUCUACCCACCAGCCAAUGAGGCGUUUAAGCUUCCGGUUGACGAAAAAGCCAACAAGAGAAGCAGCAUCACGAAGAGAUUUGUGUUCGGUGCGUAUAAGUUGGAAGAGCUUAGAACCAAAGCCGCUAGUGCAGAAGCAGUUGACCGACCUACGCGUGUGGAGAGCGUUACUACGCUUCUCUGGAAGUGUUUCGUCGCUGCUGCAUCCUCAAAACCGACAGAGACGACUUGUGAUCACAAAGUUCUGAUCCAGCUCGCUAACUUGCGCUCCAAGAUACCUUCUCUUCUCCCUGAAAGCCUAAUCGGAAAUAUCAUGUUCUCUUCUGCGGUGUUAAGUAUUGGUCGAGAAGGGGAAGUGGAAAUCGAAGAGGCCAUUAGAGACUUACGAAAAAAGAAGGAAGACUUAAGAAUUAUGAUCCAAGAAGAGGAUGGGUCAUCUUCGAUGAUCGGUUCUAAACUAGCAAAUCUGAUGCUUACUAAUUAUUCGAGGAUGAGCUAUGAAACUCAUGAGCCCUAUACUGUUAGUAGCUGGUGCAAGUUACCACUUUACGAGGCCAAUUUUGGAUGGGGAUCUCCGGUUUGGGUCGUUGGAAAUGUGGCUCCCACGUUAGAAAACAUAGCUAUGUUGAUCGAUUCCAAGGACGGACAAGGAAUUGAAGCGUUUGUCACACUGCCUGAAGAGAACAUGUCGUCGUUUGAACAGAACCAAGAACUGCUCGCCUUUGCUUCCCUGAAUCCUAGUGUCCUAGUCUAGAUCCUGCACUCAAACCUGUUGUUUUCUUAAUAAAAAUUUGGAUACAUUUAAUAAAUGUCUUCAAGAUGUGAUACAAAAUAUGUAACCUUUUGGUAAAUCAUGUAAGCUUUCAUUUAUUUUUUUGAGCAAAUAAAGUUCCAUUCUAUCUAAG